AUUUCAGGUUUUUUUCUUCUUGUACUAAUAUACGUACAGAGACAAAAAAGCCCUGGAGGUUGAGGUCAGAAAUUCUUAUAUAGGUUUUUGUCAAAACUUUAUUUCGCGAAAAAUCUCACAGUCCCUCAUUUUUUGAUUGCAUUAACUUUGAGUAAAAUUUUAAAACUAGACAUUUUAUAUGUAAAACAUUUCGAGAUUACGCCAGAUUAUGCAUUGGUGUUUCAAAAAUGGUAUUGAAGAAUAAAUUUCCGUUAAAAAUAUGUAUAGCUAACUUAAUGUUUAAGAUGAUAAGAUUUUACUCGCGAAUUUUCUAUAUCCCCAAUUCGCGAUAACGAUUUCCUAUUUUUGCUAGUAAUAUGAAAAAAAUUGACAAACUUGAAUACAAAAAUUUUGGCGCGGGAAAGUUUGCAUUCGCGUUAUCAGAAAUCUUGCUUUCAUUGAAUAUCAAAUAUCUUUCAAAGUAGACGGCUUUUUCUAUGAAGUUUUAAAAAGACACUUUAUCAGCCUAAUAUUUUGUUGGAUUAUGCUGAAAUAUUCAAAAGCAUCCCCGCCCCCAAGGUUUGUUCCCUAAUGUCAAAGCUGUUAGCGCUUAGCUGGUGCCCUCGAUGUCAAAAAGGCAGGAACCUCUGGGGACGAGGUUGAUUUCGAAGUUGUUUCCGCUUCAAACCUUACUACGUCAAUCAUUUACACAGUAAGUUUGUAAUCAGAAAGAAAGGACGUAUCCUUCUUUUCUUUUAAUAGAACAAAGCGAAUGUAUUCUCGCCCUACCUAGCUAAAUUAAGGGAACUAAAUUUUCGCGAAAACUAAUUUUCACGAAGUUGGAAAGUCCUAAUAUUUCGCGAAUGAAACGAAAUCGGAAUUUGGCGAUAUUUUGCGUAUCAAUUUAUCAAAAUCAAUUUAUCAAAAUAAUAAAAAAUAAACAGGCUUCGUCUAAGUAAUGAAUCUAUUGUUUCUUAAUUACCGAUCACAUAAACGAGGUUAGUUAAUAAUGGUAACCACAACAAAACACAACAAAAAAAUAUAUUUAUAUUGAGAUAAGAUAUUGUAUAUAGUAGAAGUUGUCACAUGUAACAAAUAAUUUAAAAAUGAAAAAGAAAUGAAAAAUUACAACGAUAAAAAUAUGGGAAGAAAGAAACAAGCUUUGUUUAUCAUUAUUUUAGUAAUUGGACUAACGCUCAUAAUAACAUUUGUAAGAAAAUAUCAAAAGUUGGAACUUGAAGGUAUGACCAUAGAUAUAAGAAAAUACGAAUAUGCUUCUAACAACAUAGUUUUUAACCACUCCAUCUUAGAGACGAUUAGAAAGCGAUUAACGUUACUCAGGAGGACUAUAAACACGGUUAAACUUUUAAAAACACGCGAAACAGAGAACCUAGUAAAUCUACAUAAACCUGUACGAGAAUUGGUUAGAAAUGGCAGAAAUCCGGAAAACAUCAUUCUAGCGACUCCACGUCUGCCGCCACAAAGUGCAACUAAAGUUAUUAUUCUAGUGUUGUCAGACACGAACAACUUUCACGCGCGAAAACUCAUACGAAGUACAUGGGCAAAAAUCAAAACAUUGAAACUACCUGGAAACAAAACUGUUCUGUUGAAAUGGAAAGUCUUCUUUUCAGUUGGGUACAAGCAAGUCAAAGGAUUUGAUUGGAUAGAACACGAGUCGAUUUUUCAACAAGAUCUUAUUGUUACUGACCUGGUGGACAGUCCCGUCACUACAACAAUGAAAAUUAUGACGUCACUAAGAUGGCUGCAAAACAGUUGCGUGUUUGAUUACGUAUUUGUGAUUAAGGACAAUAUGUUUGUCAACAUGGCAGGCCUUUACGACUUCAUCCACAGUGCAGACAAACCGAGUAAAGGAUUAUAUGCAGGCAGAAUAAACUUUAAACAUAAACUGACUCAUUUAUCUGAAAUAAAAAAUAUGAAUACAUACUACCCGCGGCACGCUGAGGGAGAUUUAUUUAUUAUGUCUUCGGAUGUCGUAAAGAAAGUUCUCACAUUUUUCAAUGAAACUCAGUCAAAAUCGAUGAGAUCAGAUGUUUAUAUCGGGCAGUUAGUUUUAAAAAGUGGUUUCGAUGUAUGGAAUAUAGCAGACUUGAUAAUACCCUUCUGUGUUCACAGCAGAAUGAAUAUUAUUAACGUUUUAAAUUACGACACAACAAAGGAUUGUAUGGAAUAUUUAUAUAGAAUUAUUACCCUAUGACAUUAUUACGUUAAAAUAACUUCCUAUCUUGGACACGCCCUAAAACUUUAGGUCACCCACUGUUUAAAUGCUAAGUAAUAAUUCGCUUAAACCAAAUAUUUACAGUAGUGCUUCAUCAACCACGUCCUGAGAUCUCUUUUUCACUUUUUGAUAUCAAAAAUCAAUAUCAAAAAGUAUAAAAGA